CAAACCCGCUUGUGUACUUUGCCCACGUUUCUCACUCUUAACAGAAAAAAAAGAGCGAGAGAAAAAGAAAAAAGGAAAAGAAAAAAAAAAAGUUAUCUGCUUUCUAGUAUUGAAGAAGAGCUGGUGCUUCGUGCUUUCAGCUUCGCUUGUGAUCCGCAGCGGCUUGCCCUAUAAUUUGCUCAAUUUUCAUUCUAAGGAUUGACCUUCUGAGAACAUCUCUUCCUUUGUGAUAGGUUGGGGAAAAUCUUCUUUCUACAGUCUGAAUGGCAAAGAAAGAUAAGUUGCGUGGAGGUGGUUCUGUUGCAUUUGCCACUAAUUACGAAUCAGAAGGCUCUGGCAGUUCAUGUAGAUUCGAUGCUGGAAUUGCUGUUUCAGGACAUUCUUUUGCUCCUCAGCAGAGAUGGAUAAAUACAAAUUCUUCUUCACAUGAUGGUUUUGCUGUGCCAAUCCAAGUUAUCUCGUUAUCNCCGUUAUCCAAGCUGUCAGCAUCUGAGAGGAAAAACUUGGUUCUGCAGUUGAGAUCUGAUCUUGACCAAAUAAGAAUUCUGCAGAAGAAAGUUGAGUUUUAUAGGACAAGUGCAGUUGCAGUUUCAUCUUCUAGUGAUAUUGUUAGCUGUAGCAAUGCACACAAAGGGCCUCCUUUAGCAAGCAAGAAGAAAUCUGCAGGAACUGGGCCCGCGAAAAAGUCAAACCUUCUUGGUCAGAAGGCGUCGGCCCUGAACAGGGAGACAUCUGGCAGGUUUAAAUCUGCUUCAGCACCAGCCACUUCAAAAGCAACAUUGAUGAAACAGUGUGAGAACUUGUUGAAAAAGUUAAUGUCGCAUCAGCAUGGUCCCGUGUUUAAUGAACCUGUUGACAUAGUUAAGUUAAAAAUACCCGACUAUUUCACUGUGAUUAAACAUCCAAUGGAUUUGGGGACAAUAAAGAAGAGGCUUACUUCAGGUGCGUACUUGAGUCCACUGGAAUUUCUUGCUGAUGUGAGACUGACAUUCUCCAAUGCAAUGAUCUAUAACCCCCCUGGUAAUAUUGUCCAUAUCAUGGCUGAUACAAUGAGCAAGUUUUUUGAACUAAGAUGGAAAACAAUUGAGAAAAAGCUACCUGUUAACCAUGCUGGAUCAGUGGAAGAAAAAUCCGGUUUACAUGAAGAAAAUGAAACUGCUUCAAAGAAGAGGAGACUUUCUCCAAUGCAGCAUGUAAUUAUGCCAGAACCUCCUAAAUGCAAGAUGACUGAUGAAGAGAAACAUAAACUAAGCAGUGAACUAGAAGCUUCACUUGGUGAUCUACCAGACAACAUCAUUGAGUUUUUGAAGGAACAAAGUUCAAAUGGAACAGCAGCUGGAGAUGAUGAGAUUGAGAUUGACAUUGAUGUUCUUCCCCAUGAUACUUUGUUCACGUUACGGGAGCUUCUAGAUAAGUUUUUGCAAGAGAAACAAAAAGGCAAUGCAAAAGCUGAACCUUGUGAGAUAGAGCUGCCAAAUGAAUUGGGGCUUAGUAAUUCAUCCAUGCACGUAGACGGAGGUAAUGACCAUGUUGAUGAGGAGGUUGAUAUUGGUGGAAAUGAGCCUCCUGUCUCUAGUUAUCCUUCAGUUGACAUUGAAAAAGAUACAGAUCUGAAAAGAGAUGAAUGUAUAAAUACAGGGGGUCCCAAUGAUUCAGAUUCUAGUAGCUCUUCUGAUGAUGAGUCUGAAGCUCAAAGAACAUCUGAUCAUGCUGAGCAGAAUCACAGUUCGCCAGCAAAGGUAGAUGGGAAGGAAGCUGGCAGUAGUUUAGCUGAUGGAGAUCGUGAGCUUCUUUCUGAUUUUUUAUUUUUUGGAAAUACCUACAAGGUGCUGGCGGCUAAUAGUUUUUGUUGGUUAAUCCUGUAUUUGAAACUGAGCACUUAUCUGAUAUUUAGGAAGUGNGAGUUUGAGAAGUCAAAAGUUGGUCUAAUUCCUUUGCCUUUUUUGUUUUGUGGGUUCAUCCAUUGUGCUAUUAACAUUUUAGGGGAGAGUGUGCCAGACAGGAGGGUCUCCCCUGAAAAGCUCUAUAGAGCUGCUCUCCUGAAGAACAGAUUUGCAGAUACAAUUUUAAAAGCUCGAGAGAAGACACUUGUUGAGGUCGAGAAGGGCGAUCCAGAGAAACUUCGUCGUGAAAGGGAGGAACUUGAGAUGCGGAGGAGGAAAGAGAAAGCUAAGUUGCAAGCAGAAGCCAAAGCUGCUGAAGAAGCUCAAAGACGUGCAGAAGCAGAAGCUGCAGCUGAGGCUAAGAGGAGGAGAGAGCUCGAUAGAGAAGCAGCAAGACAGGCAUUACUCCAGAUGGAAAAGACUGUAGAGAUUAAUGAGAAUUCAAAGUUUCUUGAGGAUUUGGAGAUGCUGACUGCUGUCCCACCCGAGCAAUUACCUAGCUCGGUAGAUGAGACCAGUCCAGAUCAUUCCCAGGAUGGGCUAGGUGGCUUCAAAUUUGGAGGCAGUAAUGCUCUGGAGCAACUUGGGUUGUACAUGAAGAUGGAUGAUGAUGAGGAAGAAUGUGAGCCCGCUACUCUCCCAAGUGAUCCUAAGGAUGUUGAGCCUGAGGAAGGUGAAAUUGAUUAAGCUGCCCUCUGUCGCUGUAGCUGUAUCAUAGUGUUUUAGAGAUCACUAAUAGGUUAAUGACAUAAAUCCUAUUCCAUAUUGAAAGCCGAAAAAGAGAAGAAAACAGAAAAGAAAAAAAGAAAAAAGAAAAAAAAUAACAUAUAAGAAAAAAAUGGAAAACAUUGACUUAACAUUCAGUUUGUUAUUGGAUGUGGAAAAGAAUUGUGUGGAAGUGUUCUGCAGUUGCCUUUUCUGAUCUUUCAGCUUCGCAUUUAUAUUUAUAUUUUAAAUCUUUUUAUC